CACUUUUAAAGGUUAUGUUUACACUUUGCUUUUGCGAUUGUGCUUCAGUAACGGUAUUGUUUGACUAAAUAGAGCCCCAAAAAUGUCCGCGGACUUCUAUAUACGGUACUACGUGGGGCACAAGGGAAAAUUCGGCCACGAAUUCUUAGAAUUCGAGUUUAGACCGGACGGAAAGCUGCGGUACGCGAACAAUUCGAAUUACAAGAACGACACGAUGAUCCGCAAGGAGGUUUACGUGCACCAGUGCGUGAUGGAGGAACUGAAACGAAUUAUCGUCGAUUCGGAGAUCAUGCAGGAGGACGACGCCCUGUGGCCCCCCCCGGACCGAAUCGGAAGACAAGAGUUGGAAAUCGUGAUCAAUGACGAGCACAUUUCCUUUACCACCUCGAAAACUGGUUCGUUAGUGGAUGUGAGCCAGAGCAAAGACCCCGAGGGACUCCGCUGCUUCUAUUAUCUCGUGCAAGAUUUAAAGUGUCUGGUGUUCUCCCUUAUCGGGAUGCACUUUAAGAUUAAACCCAUCUAAGUUAAGUUGUUGUUAUUAUUAUAAGAGACUUUUGUAUUGAGUGCGAUUUUUUUGGGACAAAUUAAACAAUGAAAAACAA